UCCUGUAGACUGUGUGUUUAUCCUUUUGAGUUUUAUUGAGAAAAGAAAAACCAUAUGGACUUUGCUUUGGAAGUUCGUCGCGCCGCUUCAUAGGUUUUAGUCGUAUUUAAGUUUAAUCAUGUUGAAAAAUAAUGGAAAGAAGACCGCAAUCUCGGUAGCCUGCACAGCAUGCCUCUGCCUGCUGCUGCUGCUCCUGGUUGCUGUGCAGCAUCACCGGGUUCAGGUGAGCGAGGUAACGAGCGAACUGGACAUCGGUACGCGCUCUCUUCUCCAAGAUGCCACGCCGGAGGAGGAGCGGAGCGCACCGCCCGGGAGCGCACAGGAUAAGAAAGGAUUCUCGUCGUACUUCACCAAACUGACCCGGGGACGGAGGGAGGUGGAGAAGCCCGCACACUCGUCCGCUGACCCCCCGCCAGCUGAGAACAUCAGCGCGGAUGACAUCUUCAUCGCUGUGAAGACCACCAAGAAGUUCCACCAGUCCAGGCUGAAUCUGCUUCUGGAGACAUGGAUCUCCAGAAACGUGCAACAGACGUACAUCUUCACAGACGGAGAAGAUGAUGAGCUGAAGAAAAAAAUUGGGAGUCAUGCAAUUAACACCAAUUGCUCCGCGGCACACAGCCGACAAGCCCUGUCUUGCAAGAUGGCGGUGGAAUAUGACAAGUUCAUCGAGUCCGGGAAAAAGUGGUUUUGUCACGUAGAUGAUGACAAUUACGUGAAUGUUCGGGCUCUGGUGAAGCACCUGUCUCAGUACCCCCACACUCAGGACAUGUACAUCGGCAAACCCAGUUUGGACCGGCCCAUAGAGGCCACCGAAAGGCUGGGUGACAAUAAGAUGAAACCAGUGAAUUUCUGGUUUGCUACAGGAGGAGCAGGUUUCUGUGUAAGUCGGGGUCUGGCGCUGAAGAUGAGCCCAUGGGCCAGUGGUGGUCACUUCAUGAACACAGCAGAGAAGAUCCGUCUUCCAGAUGACUGCACCAUCGGCUACAUUAUCGAGUCGGUUCUUGGGGUCCCACUGACCCGCAGCAACCUGUUCCACUCCCACUUGGAAAACCUGCAACAGGUGUCCAGAUCUGAGAUUCACAAGCAGAUCACUCUCAGUUAUGGGAUGUUCGAAAACAAGAGCAAUAUCAUCAAUUUAAAAGGGGCUUUUCCUGUUGAGGAGGAUCCAUCAAGGUUCAAGUCUGUGCACUGUCUCCUGUACCCAGACACCCCAUGGUGUCCCCCUCUGGUUGCCUAUUAGGGCGACCGCUCCUUUCUCAUCCUCGUCCCCGUCUUGCCUCGGUAUCUGAAAGGCUCGUGGGGACCAGUGUUUGGUAUUAGACCAUGUGGCUGCUGUUUUCUUGCUGCAGUAUUGCAUGGUCUUUAAUAGUUUUACUGGGCUGCUGUGCGGCCCACCUCGGGACUCUUCCUUCCUUUCUGGAGCCAGAACCCCAUCCUGUAAUACUUGGGCAGAGGACUUUUGGCUCUCAGCAGGAAGUAGCUUUCAUCGUUAAGCUUUGCAGGCAAUCAGUUGAGCGUUGUGAUGUAUAUGUUGCUUGUAAAUGUAUCUGCUAUUCUCAUAGAAUGUAUUGUCUUAUAUUCAAGCCUUCUGCCAGCUUUACAUUAACACCUUUUUUGCUUUUUAAAAUGUAGAGCCCUUCAAGUCUAUGCUUGUAGGCCUUGUUUGGGUCUUUUUUUGUGCAUUUCUUUUGCCUCAGAUGACUCCGGACAUUUGCUCUAAUAUGAAGACUUUGUGCUUUUAAAUGAACAGUGUUAUUUCCCCCAUAACUUGAGCUGGCAGUUGGCAAAUUUCCAAAUGCAUCCUUUGGUGACCCAAUCUGAGGUGUAUCAGGACAAAGCACUUUUCUCUUUCUCAUAGUUUUUUUUUUUUUUUCAUGAACUGACCUAGUUUACGUCCUCUAAUGAUAUAC